AUGCUGAACUACGCCUACAGUCAGCCCUGGGGAGGGCUGGUCAAUAUAAUGUUUCUGUUGCUUGGUGCCGGUAGCAUUGUCUUAGAAAGGCCUUAGUGAAGGAUACAGAACUAAUUGCUGAAAGCACUCGUUUGCACUGAAAUAUGCCCCCCAAAUCUGUAACUAAUGACAGAACACAGACACCUUACACACCAGUUGUCAGAGAACUGCUUUUGUGUGUCUGUGUGUGCGUUCAAGUGGUGGGGGGUGGUCCAAAGGCUGUUCUGUAUGGAGUCCGCUGUAACGCUGUAUAUUAUUGUUCUUUAUACAACGGGUGGGUCUAAUCCUGAAUGCUGAUUGGUUAAAACCACAUUCCAGCCGGUGUCUAUUCCACAAGUUACCACCGGCUAAAUCUAUGACGUUAAAAUGCCUAUUUAUUCUGUUCCAUUUGACUGCGCAAUCCACUGUCUCAUCAGCCCAGCCAGGCAAUUUAUAAACUUGAUCUCCACUAUAAAAAGCAUGUAGCAUCGGAGAGACAAACAGCAAGGUUUAUACAAAUCUCCUCUGUGGAAAACUAAAUGUUAGUCUAAAAGAAAUGUGAGAUACAGAACAAAAAGACUGAACGACUGGGUCGCAUCUCUGGCAACCGAACCAAUAGAACAAACGACCAGCUGGCUUGGGUAGCAACCCUAGAUUUGUGUCGGGACUAUUUCUUGUGGAAGGAUGAAAUAAUAUGAAGAAAUUAAUCAAAAUAACGUUUUUAAUGAAAAUAUGUAAAUCAUUAUUUGAAUAUGUUGGUAACCCAUUGAAUAAAAGUGAUAAUGCCCUCGAAGCCGGUGUUUUGAGGAUAUAUUGGCACGGUUUGCCGGCCCAAGACAUUAACAACACCCGUGCCAAUAUAUCCUCCAAACACCGGCUUCUCGGGCAUUAUCACUUAAAUGGAGACUGCUGGGUAACGAGGUGUGUGUGUUUGGGUGUGGGUGUGCAUGUGUUUGUGUGUGUAUGUGUGUUUGUGUGUGAGUGAGGGGAGGGGUAUUCUGUGACAUAACAGUACAAACACAAUGGGACUGACCUUCAAGACCGUCUUGCUUUAAUGUGUUGAACAUUACCACCCCAUUCGCUGUUUCAAAACCCCUAGGAAUGACAUUACAUUUCAUGCAUUUUUUUUUUUUUUUUCGUUUUUAAACGGUACAGUAUUAUGUGAAAGACUUAAGACACAGAACACCCCCACACUGUGAGUUUUAUAUUUGUACUGAAACAUACAGUACACGUGUGUUUCCUGUUUCUCCUUGGAAGGACAGUGAAAGAUGGAGGAAAAUACAGAAUAAGCAAAGGGAUGAGAAAUAAAGAAGUAGGGUUAUGUGCUUGGGAUGUUUCCCUAUACGUCUGCACUAAUUUCUUUAAUGAAACCCAUUAUUCUACCACUUGAUCAGACCAUUUUGCCGAAUCAGAGUUACUCUGUGAGACAAAGGCCCAGGAGUUAGUCUGUGAGACAAAGGCCCAGGAGUUAGUCUGUGAGACAAAUGCCCAGGAGUUAGUCUGAGACAAAUGCCCAGGAGUUAGUCUGUGAGACAAAUGCCCAGGAGUUAGUCUGUGAGACAAAUGCCCAGGAGUUAGUCUGUGAGACAAAGGCCCAUGAGUUAGUCUGUGAGACAAAGGCCCAUGAGUUAGUCUGUGAGACAAAGGCCCAGGAGUUAGUCUGUGAGACAAAGGCCCAGGAGUUAGUCUGUGAGACACAGGCCCCAAAUAUUCCCCAAAUUGUGAUGCACCCCACCACUAAUAGCUACAGCGCUGGGCUGAUUCAGUGCAUAGUUGCCUUGCCCCUGGGCUAAAACAAAGAACCCUCUGAAUAUCAAACAGGUACAAUCACUACCAGCUUUGUAAUUUAGCAUUUGCGGGCGAGGAUACCGUUUUGGUUACUACCCAAGCUCUAGUCGAAAUAUGUGUGCUUUUCAAUUUAGAUCCAAACUGCGGAAGAAAAACGACUUGAGAGUAGAGAAAAAAAUGCAAAUGUGGCCCAUAAAAUGCUCAGAUUAGAAGCAAAUGCCAAAUGGGGUUUUUGGUAUAAGUGUUUAUCGUAGCGUCAGCGCAAGAAUGGGUGUAUCAAUGACUCAGGCAUCUGUGUGUUCUUGUUGUGUAUCCAAUCGGUGUUGUUUGCAUGUAGUGGUGCGUAUGACUCCACAAAUUACAUCUUUGAUCUCCUGCAAUCCCUGUUGUAGAUUCAUUUUUAUUUCUGAACCACGUUCACUGUCUAUCUUCCUUGGAAAACCAUGACAAUCCAUGGCAGAUUAGAAUCACCCACACAGUGCCCUGUGGCCUUUGGGUAAAUCUCAAUUAUAUUUUUUCCUUGAUUCCUCUCCUCACCUUCUCCUCCUCCCCUCUGACCUCCUCCAAUGUGUUUUGAGAAGUAGGCGAGGAGAGAGGACACGAGGAAUCAAAUAAAUACUAUUGACAUUCACCCUAUGCCACUUGAUUGAAGACACACCAGUACUCAGUGGUUAGCUUUCCCCAGCUGUGGCAGAACGGCUUGGGCAUGAAAGCAUCUGGUUCGGAGGCUGGCUAUACCAAGGAGGCAGAGGAAAUAACACUUCAUAUUUAUUCCUUUGGCCAGUUAAAAAGAGCCAUGCACCCAAACCCAACGUGUUACUAAGUGUGUUCUAGGUUCUAUCUAUUAUUAAUACAAGCUACAGUUUUAGAAUGUUUGUGCACCUCAAGUCUCAUAGGCCGACUUCUGUUAUACUUACAUUACUCCUGACAGGACAUGAGGGCCGUGAUCCCAGAGAAAGCUAUUCUGGUCAAUUAUAAUGGCAUGAUAUAAAUCCAAAAUGAAAGACUGCUGGAGUGACUAUUGUGCACUUUGGCAUCUCUCCCUCUCUUUUCUCUCUUUCUGUCCUCCCUUUCUUUUCUGUCCUUUACCCGAGAGACAUCUGUUGUUGUUUUGCUCGCCGACUGCCUUCUUUAGUGUUAUUAAAACAGUAGAGAGAGAGAGUGAAAGAGAGAAAGAGAGAGACCAAAACAUUGUUACUGCUGGUGUAAGUUGAAAGUGUUUCUGAGGGUACUAAGAUGUUGGGCCAGGGCAUUGUGGGUUUUGUGGUUCCGGAGACAUGCUUGAAGCAGUUGCUGUUGUUUAUACUAGUGACUUUAUCUUGGUGGGUCCACAGCACCGGGCUGCAGCCCAUACUCUAACUACAUUCAUUAUCUCAUUGAAAAUACACAGCAUUAUAGAAACAUGUCACACUGUCUUUCAAGUCUUGUCCAUGUAAAAGUGUGUGUUUGAUCAUUUACAGUAUGUGACGAUAUGACUUGGGAGAACUAAUCAAAAGUACUGUCUGGUUAUGCUACUGAUCAGGGUUACCAUUCCAGAGAAUGCUGUACCAGUAAAAGUUGAUUUUUUACAUGUAACCAACUGCCAAGACGCAGAGGGGGGUGAUUGUAAUUAAAGAGGGAAUGAAAGUAAUGGAGGAGUUUAAUUCUGUAAUAUCCUCUGUGCUAUUGCUGACUGCUGCUAUUCUCUGAUUAUCAGAAUCCCUUCCAAAAGUAUUUGCUUGCCUAUUCAAUAAUAUAAUAUGCCCCAUUCUGGUGAUUUCUCUCUCUCUCUCUCAGCUCUACAUGGGGAAUGGCAUGUCAAUAGAUUGUGGCUGGAUUGUUCUCAGAUUGUCAAGAGCAUCGCACAACUGUGUAAGAAAUAAUACUCUAUCCCCCCGUCCUUCCCUCCCUCCACCAGUCUGUUUGGCAUCUCGUCAGUGGUACAGACUGACUGUUCCUACACCUGGAUGUUCCGGGUCAACCCGGCGCUGGCCUGGCACCACUAUGUCAACCCCAUCAUGCUGCUGGUGCUCUACUACACCCUGGCCACGCUCAUACGCUUUUGGCUCCAGGACACCACAGACACGGUGAGUUAAUAUUAUUGUAACACAGUGCCCAUUUUGGGGCAGGGCUCCAGUGGUAUAUGGUGUGUUAACUUUGCGGUAACACUGACACGAUUUUGGUUCAGGGCCCUGUGGUACACUGUGCGCUCCCCUACAGAAUCCACACUGCACCAAAAUGGCGGCGGUCUAACUGCAUAGGAUCUCCUGUAACACCACCACCAUUUUGGUGCAGUGUAGCUGUGUUGAACUGUAUUUUCUAAUUGAAAGGGCUGUUUCAAUUUGUGGUUGAAAACAUGGGCGUAUCCAUAUUUACUAAAUGAGUCACUCUAUGCUUCACACUAAAUUGACACAGAGGAAACAUUCUUCCUCUCAUCCACAGUUCUUGGAAAUGGUUGGAUCUUACGAAAACCCACAGAUUUACAAGGACAUUUGUAGAUUUCCUAAUCCCCACAUUUAUCGUAACGUACAUGUUGAAAAAAAAUGUUUUCUACUGUUUAACAGGUGCCUGAUCAGGGCGAAGGGGGGGAUCUGGGUGAAGGGGAGGAGCCUAUGGUCGAUAACAUCACUCCCAAAGCAGAGAAGAGGAGAGAGCUGUGGAGGAUGACUCACUACACAGAUGACAGAAAUGUACACAAACAUCCUGACUAUGUACUGCAGUAAUAUUACACACACCUGUACUGCAGUAAUAUUACACACACCUUUACUGUAGUAGUAUUACACAGACCUGUACUGUAGUGUACUGUAUUCCUUUAUGGCCCUGCAAUGUCCUGUAAUGUCCAUGUGCAAGGUGUUGUGUGUGCCAAUACUGUCACUGGUCAUGUGUUUGUAAGCAAACAUUGAGUAUCAUAUGAAGGCAGUCUUAAUUUUAUAUUUGUUUUUUUUCCAAGCUUUCCACCCAAGAUGGAUACAGCACAUCUGAGGUUAGUAUGCUAUUCCUUUCUAUAUGUUGUAACUUGCAACAUGACCUAGUUUUGAGAAUGUUUUAGUUGCUUGGAAAUCAGACGUCACUUAGCCAACAAAUAUCAUUUAAAUAAAAGCUAUUGGACAAGCAAAAACAUUGAUGAUAAUGCAUUCAUAAACUUACUAACGCUAUUUUGAAUCUCCCCGCUAAGGGCGUUUUUCUACCCCAGGUGUUGAUAGUAACCUCCAACGGGCCUCGUCCGGACUAUGUCCCCACCAACGGGCCUCUGGGACUGGACCUGUACUCCACACCGCAGUACAAACCAGGCCAACCAGACCUGGGUUAGUAUCACCCACAUACCGAGAAUAAAACCACAUAGGUUGGCAUUUAUUGUCAUGAAUUUUGCCCUGGAGGCAGCAAUGCAGAGUGGUGUGGUGGAAAUUCGAAUCAAGUGAGAGAGACUUUGUCAUUUCUUCAAACAAUCAUCUUUAUUUAAUAUCGAUUCAUUACUGCAAUAAUGGAGCUGGUCAACGAACCCCCGUAGAUGAUUAGUUGAGAGCCCAACAAACAGGAAAUGCUGACGUCUUAUAUAGUGGACCUAAAAAUGCUUAGUCAUGGCUGGUUCCACCCCUCCACGUCAGCUCGGAAGAAAACAAGCUACCCUGUUUUCUUCUUAUGGCUAUGUGCAUCGGUUAAUAGCGCACAAACAAGUGAUAACGUUAGUUCUGUUACUCCUCUCCGUUCAAGACAGCCUCUGUUCACCUCACAUCUCCACACAGCUGUGCCCUUGGAAGAUAGUAAAAGACAGGAUGAACUGAAAUACUGUGGUCACUCUCAGAGGCUCUUUCUCUUGACCGUGUGACCAUGUUGAACAGAAGCAAAGAUGAGGGGAGACAAUACAGGUCUAUUCUGUUAAUAAAACUAUCUCUAAACUCGAGUCACACCAUGUACUUCACGAUACACCCAGACCAGCUGCAGGGAGCAGAGAGUGGAACCAUCCAUUUACAGAAAACACAGCAUUAGUAGAACAGAAAUGCCUUACUAUUGUUAAGAAUAUAAUUGUUGACUAUUAAUAUUAAACAAAUCAGGUAAAUACAUUAUUUUUUCUCUCAUAGUGAUCACUAGCUGGCACAGCCACAAAGUCAUCAAAUCUGUCCAUAUCCUUAACCCUAACCUUAACCACACUGCUAACCCUAAUGCCUAACCCUAAACCUUAAAUGACCAAAAAUAUAAAUAAAACAAAUUCACAUUUUGACUUUGCAGCUGGCUCAUCUAGCGGAAUUCGCUCAGUUCUGCCUACAAACGUCAACCUUCCACACCCACACAACUCAUGCUGGAGAACAGCAACACUGGACAAUAGGAAAAUCACAAGGAGUGUGAAAAAGAGGGGGAUUUGCUUCUCAAGGCUGACAGCAGUUAUUAGAUGAUGAUUCACAUCCGGUUCUCAAGAUGCUAACAGCUCUCUCCCUCCUUCCUUCCUUCCCUCCUUCCCGCCUUCCCUCUCUCCUUCCCUCUUUCCCUCUCUCCUUCCCUCCCCCUCCCUCCCUCCUUCCCUCCCACCUUCCCUCCUUCCCUCUCUCCUUCCCUCCCUCCUUCCCUCCUUCCUUCCCUCCCUCCCUCCUUCCCUCCUUCUGGCGAUGGCGAUGGCACCAGAGGAGGAGGGGGGCGUGGCACGAGCAAACGCAGCGGUAACAACCUUCAGGUUCAUCAUGAAGCAAAGCUACAUCUGUGCUCUCAUCGCAAUGAUGGUGAGUCGUGUGUGUGUGUGUGUGUGUUGUGUCUGUCAGAGGAGCAAGGAACUUUUCAGUCCCAGAUGACGGCGGGAGCUUCAGGAUAAACACCUCCCGGUGGCCAAUCUAGUCAUUACUGGUGACAGCUCCAGCCAGCCCCUGUUGGCCCUAGGUAAUGUGUACCAUGUAGUUCCCAAGCUCCACUGAUAUAGGAUUUCAGAGAGCAGUGGGGUGUAGUAGGGCUGGGGGGGGGGUGCGCUCCUAUUGUUUUACCUCAUACACCAAGGAAUAGAUGUGUGUUCUCUCUCCAUCGGUAGUUAGUUAGUGGAGCACUGCUGAGGUCCCUGGAAGGUUGAAAGGUGGUGGUGGGGGUGGAUGUAUAGAAGGAUUCCCUCUCUCUUGAGAAACAACUCUGCACUGUGUUUUUCAUAUGUCUCAGAUCACUUCAUUUGAUCUGCUGGUUAAAGGAUAUUCAGUAACCAAUCUAUGCCAUUGGCUGAUCUCACUAAAGUGGUUCCUUUAGUAACACCAGUGACACCAAUGACAUGUGAUGCUUAACCUCACUAUUAUUCACAGUGUCAGUUCCUAAUGUGAGUGGCUUGAUGAUCUAGCUUUCUUUCUUUCUUUCUUUCUUUCUUUCUUUCUUUCUUUCUUUCUUUCUUUCUUUCUUUCUUUCUUUCUUUCUUUCUCUCUCUCUCUCUCUCUCUCUCUCUCUCUCUCUCUCUCUCUCUCUCUCUCUCUCUCUCUCUCUCUCUCUCUCUCUCUCUCCUCCCUCCCCAUCUCCCCAUCUCCCCCUCCCUCCCUCCCUCCCUCCCCAGGCGUGGAGUAUCACCUAUGUUAGUUGGCUGACCUUUGUGUUCCUCAUCUGGUCGUGCACGCUGUGGAUGGUGCGCGACCGACGCAAGUACGCCAUGAUCACUUCCCCCUUCAUGGUGUUCUAUGGGAACCUGUUGAUCAUCCUACAGUACAUCUGGAGCUUUGAGAUCCUCCACCCCGUGCCUGGGCUCUUCUUAAAGAAAGAGGUGCCCUUCCGGGAACUGGGUUCCAAGAUGCUGUGCCUGCUGAGUUUCUGGCUGCUGCUGAGACAGGCAUUGACAGAGAGGAAGGAGAGCAAGAUAGAAGAAGAGGUGCUAUCGGACAUCAGGGUCAUCCAAGCCCACAAGAAGGGUGAGACGGCCCCUGAGUCUGUUAGUCAGUUAGGCAGUCUGUCAAUCAGUUAGUCAGUCUGUCAGUCAGUCAGUCCGUCUGUCCGUUUAUCAGUCAGUCAGUCUGCCCGUCUGUCUGAGAGUUCCUGUUGAGAGUAUGUACAGUUCUAGAUAAAGGCAUGUAAUGCCAACUUUCACAUACAUCUCCAAUUGGCAUAAAUUCAUGAUAUAAACAUUUUAGUCAUUUAGCAGACGCUCUUAUCCAGAGCGACUUACAGUUAGUGAGUGCAUACAUUUUCAUACUGGCCCCCCGAGGGAAACGAACCCACAACCCUGGCGUUGCAAGCACCAUGCUCUACCAACUGAGCUACAGGGGACCUGUAUAAACAAAAUAUAAGCAUGUGUCUUGAAUUAGGAUUCUGCUCUAUGUGAAUAACCUCACAGGUGUCAAGAAAGACAUUAAUCAUUAAAAAAAGUUUAACAAAAUGGAAAACAUUCAAUUUAGCCAUAGCUGUGUUAGCUUAUCCCUCUGUUGUUGAUGUUGUUGUUGUCGUCCUCGUGGCUGUUGUCGUUGUUUCAGCUCUUCCCUCCCCUGUGUUUCCUAUAGUGAAGGAGGAGGAGGUGGAUGAGAGCGGUGGCCACAGGGAGAUGAUGCAGGUGCUGGGCAACACGUUCAUGGCCAUGUUGAACAAGUACUGGAUCUACAUCUGCGCCGGCAUGUUCUUCUUCGUCAGCUUCGAGGGACGCAUUGUCAUGUACAAGAUCAUCUACAUGAUGCUCCUCCUCUUCUGUGUGGCCUGCUACCAGGUACUGUUACUGUAGGCUUACGGUACCUUCCUCUCUGGCUGGCUGUGUGCAGGUUUUUGAUCUAGUCUCAUAGGACUUUUCCUUUGGUUCUGUACUACCGGGGAAACUAAAUCAAGUGCACUCCACAUACACCAUUUCUGUACAUCUGGAGUGUCUAUGAAAAAUAAAACUAAACUACAAAAUAAAACUACACAUACACUACACAAGUCCAUGGAAAAUAAGAGCACUUCCUCCCAGCUGCCCACUGCACUGAGGCUAGGAAACACUAUCACCACCGAUAAAUCUACAAUAAUCGAGAAUUUCAACAAGCAUUUUGCUACGGCUGGCCAUGCUUUCCACCUGGCUACCACUACCCCGGCCACCAGCUCUGCACCCUCCGCUGCAACUUGCCCAUGCCCCCCCCGCUUCUCCUUCACACAAAUCCAGACAGCUGAUGUUCUGAAAGAGCUGCAAAAUCUGGACCCCUACAAAUCAUCUGGGCUAGACAAUCUGGACCCUUUCUUUCUAAAACUAGCCGCCGAAAUUGUCGCAACCCCUAUUACUAGCCUGUUCAACCUCUCUUUCGUAACGUCUGAGAUCCCCAGAGAUUGGAAAGCUGCCGCGGUCAUCCCCCUCUUCAAAGGGGGGUGACACUCUAGAUCCAAACUGUUACAGACCCAUAUCCAUCCUGCCCUGCCUUUCAAAAGUUUUUGAAAGCCAAGUCAACAAACAGAUCACCGACCAUUUCGAAUCCCACCGUACCUUCUCCGCUAUGCAAUCCGGUUUCCGAGCUGGUCAUGGGUGCACUUCAGCCACGCUCAAGGUCCUAAACGAUAUUAUAACCGCGAUCGAUAAUAGACAGUACUGUGCAGCCGUUUUCAUUGACCUGGCCAAGGCUUUCGACUCUGUCAACCACCGCAUUCUUAUUGGCAGACUAAAUAGCCUUGGUUUCUCAAAUGACUGCCUCUCCUGGUUCACCAACUACUUCUCAGAUAGAGUUCAAUGUGUCAAAUCGGAGGGCCUGUUGUCUGGACCUAUGGCAGUCUCUAUGGGGGUGCCACAGGGUUCAAUUCUUGGGCCAACUCUUUUCUCUGUGUAUAUCAAUGACGUCGCUCUUGCUGCUGGUAAGUCUCAGAUCCACCUCUACGCAGACGACACCAUUUUGUAUACAUCUGGCCCUUCAUUGGACUCUGUGUUAACAAACCUCCAAACGAGCUUCAAUUCCAUACAACACUCCUUCAGUAGCCUCCAACUGCUCUUAAACACUAGCAAAACUAAAUGCAUGCUCUUCAACCGAACGCUGCUUGCACCCGCCCACCCGACUAGAAUCACUACACUCGACGGGUCUGACCUAGAGUAUGUGGACAACUACAAAUAUCUAGGUGUCUGGUUAGACUGUAAACUCUCCUUCCAGACUCACAUUAAGAAUCUCCAAUCCAAAGUUAAAUCUAGAAUCGGUUUCCUAUUUCGCAACAAAGCCUCCUUCACUCAUGCUGCCAAACAUGCCCUCGUAAAACUGACUAUCCUACCGAUCCUUGACUUCGGCGAUGUCAUUUACAAAAUAGCCUCCAACACUCUACUCAGCAAAUUGGAUGUAGUCUAUCACAGUGCCAUCCGUUUUGUCUCCAAAGCCCCAUAUAAUACCCACCACUGUGACCUGUACGCUCUUGUUGGCUGGUCCUCACUACAUAUUCGUCGCCAAACCCACUGGCUCCAGGCCAUCUAUAAAUCACUGCUAGGCAAAUCCCCGCCUUAUCUUAGCUCAUUGGUCACCAUAGCAACACCCACCCGUAGUCUGCGCUCCAGCGGGUAUAUCUCACUGGUCAUCCCCAAAGCCAACACCUCCUUUGGCCGCAAUUCCUUCCAGUUCUCUGCUGCCAAUGACUGGAACAAAUUGCAAAAAUCUCUGAAACUGGAGACACUUAUCUCCCUCACUAACUUUAAGCAUCAGUUGUCAGAGCACCUUACCGAUCACUGCACCUGUACACAGCCCAUCUGAAAUUAGCCCGCCCAACUACCUCAUCCCUAUAUUGUUAUUUAUUUUGCUCAUUUGUACCCCAGUAUCUCUAUUUGCACAUCAUCUCUUGCACAUCUAUCUUUCCAGUGUUAAUACUAAUUGUAAUUAUUUUGCACUAUAGCCUAUUUUAUUGCCUUAACUCCAUAACUUGCUAAAUUUGCACACACUGUAUAUAUAUGUAUUUCUGUUGUAUUUUUUAUUUUUUUAUUUUUUUUACUUUGUUUUGUUUUACCCCAUAUGUAACUCUGUGUUGUUUUUAUCGCACUGCUUUGCUUUAUCUUGGCCAGGUCGCAGUUGUAAAUGAGAACUUGUUCUCAACUGGUUUACCUGGUUAAAUAAAGGUGAAAUAAAAAAAAUUAAAAAAAUACUAAAAAUAGUGAAUGGUCAUUUGAACGUAUGUGUAGGUUUGUAAUAGCCUACCUCUCUGGUCAUCAGGUGCACUAUGAGUGGUGGAGGAGGAUGCUGAAGUACUUCUGGAUGUCUGUGGUGGUCUACACCAUGCUGGUCCUCAUCCUGGUCUACACCUUCCAAUUUGACUCCUCCAUCUACGUCUGGUCCAACAUGACCGGCAUGAGCAAAGACAAGUGAGUACAGAGAGAGAGAGAGAAUGUGUGUGCGUGUGUGUGUGUGUAUUUGUGUGUGUGCUUGGCUGUAUGCACAAAUACACACCUGUUCGUGAAUGUGUGGGUGUAUGUGUCUUUACCACCAUUCCGUGUCAACCGCCCUCCUCCCCCUGUCUCUCCCUCCUCCCCCCCCGUCUCUCCCUCCUCCUCCCGUCUCUCCCUCUUCCCCUGUCUCUCCCUCCUCCACCUGUCUCUCCCUCUCCACCUGUCUCUCCCUCCUCCCUGGCUCUCAAUCCUGCCCCUGUCUCUCCCUCCUCCCUGUCUCUCCCUCCUCCCUGUCUCUCCCUCCUCCUCCCGUCUCUCCCUCCUCCCCCUGUCUCUCCCUUCUCCCUGUCUCUCCCUCCUCCCUGUCUCUCCCUCCUCCCUGUCUCUCCCUCCUCCUCCCGUCUCUCCCUCCUCCCCCUGUCUCUCCCUCCUCCCUGUCUCUUCCCUCCUCCCUGUCUCUCCCUCCUCCCUGUCUCUCCCUCCUCCUCCCGUCUCUCCCUCCUCCCUGUCUCUCCCUCCUCCCUGUCUCUCCUUCCUCCCUGUCUCUCCCUCCUCCCUGUCUCUCUCUCCGCCCCGUCUCUCCCUCCUCCCUGUCUCUCCCUCCUCCCUGUCUCUCUCUCCGCCCUGUCUCUCCCUCCUCACUGUCUCUCCCUCCUCCUCCCGUCUCUCCCUGUGUAGACUGGAGGAUCUGGGCCUGGAGAAGUUCUCUGUCCCGGCUCUGUUCAUGAGGAUCUUCAUCCCCACCUCCUUCCUGUUGGUCUGCAUCCUCCACCUGCACUACUUCCACCAGCGCUUCCUCCUGCUCACUGA